AUGCCCACCGAUAGUGGGAAGAUGGAAGAAACCAUCAAAAAUCAAAGUCUUGGGAACACUGAAUACAUCAUCGGAAGGAGCGGGCUGAGGAGGAAAAGAGGGAGCGGUCAACACCGCCUCCGUCCCACUGUUCCCCAGGUCAACAACGCCCCCGUCCCACUGUUCCCCAGGUCAACAACGCCCCCGUCCCACUGUUCCCCAGGUCAACAACGCCCCAGUCCCACUGUUCCCCAGGUCAACAACGCCCCCGUCCCACUGUUCCCCAGGUCAACAACGCCCCAGUCCCACUGUUCCCCAGGUCAACAACGCCCCAGUCCCACUGUUCCCCAGGUCAACAACGCCCCAGUCCCACUGUUCCCCAGGUCAACAACGCCCCCGUCCCACUGUUCCCCAGGUCAACAACGCCCCCGUCCCACUGUUCCCCAGGUCAACAACGCCCCCGUCCCACUGUUCCCCAGGUCAACAACACCCCCGUCCCACUGUUCCCCAGGUCAACAACGCCUCCGUCCCACUGUUCCCCAGGUCAACACCGCCCCCGUCCCACUGUUCCCCAGGUCAACAACGCCCCCGUCCCACUGUUCCCCAGGUCAACACCGCCCCCGUCCCACUGUUCCCCAGGUCAACAACGCCUCCGUCCCACUGUUCCCCAGGUCAGCACCGCCCCUGUCCCACUGUUCCCCAGGUCAACAACACCCCAGUCCCACUGUUCCCCAGGUCAACAACACCCCAGUCCCACUGUUCCCCAGGUCAACAACACCCCAGUCCCACUGUUCCCCAGGUCAACAAAGCCCCAGUCCCACUGUUCCCCAGGUCAGUGACCGCCCCAGUCCCAUUGAUCCCCAGGUCAACAACACCCCAGUCCCACUGAUCCCUAGGUCAACAAUGCCCCCGUCCCACUGUUCCCCAGGUCAACAAAGCCCCAGUCCCACUGAUUCCUAG